GCUGCGUUUGGUCCUGUUUUGAUUUCGGAGUCAGAGUCUCAACGUGUCGCUGGGUGAUGCAUCUCUUCAAACUCUGAAAUCUGACCAAAGCAAGUCACGCUGCUGGACAUAUUUACUUAUGGCAGUCUGCCAGGUGUAGCAUCUCUAACUUAAAGUAACUUUGUCGAUAUGGGAAGCGAGAGGGAGGACAUAAUUUUUCAGGCUCUUCUCCUGAUCCACAUCCCUGUGUUCUGCUUCUUCACUGCAGUGUCAUGUCAGUCUGACAGCAGCAGCAGUGUGGUGGUGGCAGGUUAUAAUGUGACCGCCCCCGCCGGGUCGAGGGUGGUGCUGCAGUGCGUGAGCGGCCGCAUGGUGUGGACCAGGGACAGCGUGAGGGACAGACAGAGGGUGGUCCACUGGGACAUGUACAGGGAACAUCCCAACUACGCCAUGGAGAGAGUGGUGGACAUGUUCUCUUCAGGAGACCAGACGAUUUACAACUCGUACAACCUGGGCAGGGUCAACCUCAGCCCCAAAGCCUUCAAGGACGGAAACUUCUCCCUGGUCAUCAAAGAUGUAACGAUGAACGACAGAGGCCUGUACUCUUGUAACCUCCACCACUUCUACUGUCAUCUGUAUGAGACCAUUAGGGUGCAACUCAAUGUCACUAAAUCACGUCGCAAAGAACAGCGCUUCUGGGAUGGACAGAAGGCAGUGUUUGUGGUGCUGCUCGGGAGCACCGUGGUCCUGCCGUGCAUCAACCGACGGACUGUGUGGACAGACUGGAGCGACGAGGAGGGGGACCAGCAGGUGGUCCACUGGGACCGACAGCCCCCAGGGGUCCGGCAUGACAGCGCUGAUCGGCUGGUGGACCUGUACGCCUCUGGGGAGCAGCGCAGCUAUGGGCCCAUGUUCCUCCAGAGGAAGAUGAACAUCAGCAAUAAAGCCUUCGCAGAGGGAGACUUCUCGCUUACCAUAAGCAAUCUACAGCCAACAGACCAGGGGAUGUAUUCCUGCCACCUCCACCAUCAUUACUGUGGUCUGCAUGAGAGAAGAGAGUUCCAGGUCACAGUCGAGCCACCGCUGAUCCAGACGACCGUGGCGGCCAAAGCUCUGCCCAGCGAGGACAAAGACAUCACUAAGGCUGAGUCACCGCGAGUCAUCAACGUCAUCCUGCCCGACCAAAAACACCACUUUCUCCUGCCACUGGGCUACGUCCUUACCUCCUUCCUGCUCCUGGCUUUCAUCAUCCUCAUCAUCCUCCUCGUCACCAGACGGAACAGAAGCAAAGAGUAUGAUCCUCGGGCAUCGGUGAGGUCCAGCAGGAGUCAGAGCAGCUCGGAUGAGUUUGAGAUGGACGUCACAGAGGUGAACGCCAGCAGUCGGGAGGAGAGGAGAUUUGACUACAAGAACAACCUCCUGAGAGAAAAGGUCAACGUCAACACUCAGCCUAAAGUCAUCGAUCUUGACAAAGAGAUGCAGAAGUUUUCCAAGUGAAGAGAGAAAGUGCAAACGGGAGUCACUGGCUGGCCCAGAAGCUGAGCUCCAAACGAAACCCCUCCACACUUCCUUCCGUUCUGGCGGGAAAAGGCCGCAGACAGAGAGAAAAAUGCUUUGUGGUGGGGAAAGACAAAAAAAAAAUACAAAAAAAAAAACAAAAAACAGGUCACACCGAGGUCUGGUGUUGUCAAACUUUCAGUAUUAGAUACAUCCAAGGAAAAGAUUUGGUUUUAUUACACUUGAUCAAACUAAAAAAGACUGGACAUGUUUGGAGCGCGACCCAAAGCCUCGACUGCUACAUGAAAGAGAAAUGUGCACCUUCGCUAAGUUCAACCCAAAAAAAAAAGAGACUCAGAUGGAAGUCAUCGGUAGUGACACAUUGUAUUAUCAUUGCUUUAGUUAAGAGAUGAUGCGUAUGUUUUCAUUUUCCCCCUUUCCUCUUCGGGCCUCGGCUGAACCGGCCGGACUGAAGCGCCGCCUGCUGACGUACUGCUUCUUGUUUGAUUAACUCUGUGCUUAAUGUAACUGAAUAUAUUUUGGUCUGUAAUUUUAACACUUUUAACGCCUCGUUGAAUGUCACAGAGUAAAUGUGGUUAUCUGUGAAGCGAAUGUAGACGGUAGGAAUGUUUAUUAGCGGCUUUUUUUUUUUUUUUUUUUUUGCAGCAGGCACUUGAUGACGAACGACUCUGUUCACAGAUAAUAAUAAUAAUAAAAAUGUUUAUUUCUCGUGCUGCCAAGGUGCACGGAGGAGGAAAAGAAACUGUAGAAAGAUGAGGCCUCCGGGAGCAUUUGUAGUAAAGGGAACAAACCCUGUUAGAGAGCUGCUCACCUUGUCCCCUUUUCAUGUUGGUUUCUGAGUAAAUAUUAUAAAUAUAUCUUAACUUUGCUAUUAUUAUUCUUACUCUAUUAUCUAAACUUUGUGUUAUUUUGUUAACUGGUUUAGGUUCACAUUUUUUUUCCCCUGGGCACAAGCGCCCCCUAGCUUUGAAACCACGAUGGUGCAGCGAUGAUUAAAAUUGUUUUCCCCCCAUAUAAUCUUCUACAUUUCUGCAUAAAAACACACAACUCCUGGCAAAAGACAAAAAAAAAAAAAAAAAAACAUUAUCAAACAAAUGAAAUUGAAAUAUUACGUUUUGUUUAUUCAGGAAAAUGAAUCAUUUGUUCGUAUCUUUGAGAUUCAAAAGUGAGUGAAACCUUGUCUUGUGCAGCAAUGACAGCAGUUAAACAUGUCUCUUCAUUUUACUCUACAGCAUCUUGGAGGAACUUAGCACAGAACCCAUUCAGUUCUGAGGCUUUGGAGCGUUUCCUAGUGGGUGAAGCUCAGAGCUUUGUCAGCCCUCCAGAUGUUUUAUUCCACAAUUUGCUGAUGUAACUCAGAAUUCAUUGUUUUCACCACUCAUUUAAACCAAGCAGUUCUACUUUCUGUCAACAAAUCAUUUUCCCAUCAGUCCUUCUGGCUUCGUCCUCAUGAUGUUUAGAGGAUUGGAGAUGGGCAGAAACGUUCUCUUUGGAAAUCAGUGUCUUUGUCUUUGCCAUGAACGCUGUGGUUGGUUUAGUGUUCUCCUGAUGAUGGAGUCAUGAACAUUAACGUUAGCCAAUGUGAGAGAGGCCUUUGGCUGCUUAGAAGUUACCCUGGGUUCAUUUAUGACAUAUCAGACCAUUUUAUGUUUUUUUUUUUUUUUUCAUUUGAUGUGAAACACACUUUCUUUUAGAUUUACCACAGACUUUAGGGCGUAUUUGCACAAAUUGAUAUUGGAUUUGUAUCGUUAAGACGAGCCUUUUUUUGUCUUUCAGUUUUUCAACAACAUUGAUUGGACUCCUAAUUUGAUUGUAAAACCUAGUUGUAAAACUAACUUCCUAGAGACGCGCUUACUUUUGCACCUUUUGCAGCUAUGUAUUAUUGUCUCUUUUUCUUGAACACACAAAUACCAAACAACAGUAUUUGUUUCAUUUCUCUGACUGGAUUCUUUUUGGAAAAAAACAAAACAAAAAACAAAUCAUUCCAUUUAUUUUAUAUUAAAUAUUCAUACUUUUAUGGUGGUAACAGUCUUGCAAACAUGUUUAUUUUUGCAUAGACUAGUUUUCAUUUUCCAUACUUUUCCAGACCUUGCGUAGAAACCCUGCACGAUGCAUCUUUAAAAAAACGUGUGUCAUCUGGUCACACAACAAAUGUCCACGGCAACGUAUGUGAGGUGGGAUUAAAGCUGCACGACGCACACGUUAGGUCAUAGCUCAUUUAUUCAUUCCUUUGUGUCAACAAACAAACAGUCCCUGAAUUCAAGACAAAUGGCUUUGUAUACACUUUGUGAAGAUUGUUUUGUGUACAUUUUCUAUAAAAUACAUGGUACUUUAAUAUACUUUGAAUCUAAAAAUGGUAGAAAACCCUGGUCUGUCUCACUCUGUUGGACAACUGUAUCGAAGGAAGCAGCUCGCAGUCAGUCAACGCGCACAUUCACUCACAUCCGCAAUCUCACCUGCCGGCUGAAUCCAGUAGAAGAAGAAGAAGAAGAAGAGCGACGACAUUCACACAUACACAACCCUAAGCUUACUUAGAUCCUCACGGUCUCUUUCUCUCUCUUUCACUCAAACUGAUAGAUGGAUAUUUAAACAAACAGCUACAGAGUCUCAGAGGGAACUCAUUGGGGGCCACGUUGUGUCUGUUUAGAAUUAGACGCCGGCUACAGGUGGUGUGAUGGGGGUGAAGACCAGGCAGGAGACUUACUACAGGAGGGUUUCAGCGAAGGACCGAAGUUGUUCUGCAGCACAAAAUUUCAGCUCGAAAA